AGUUCUUCAUGGGAACUAGUGUUACAUUUCGAAUCAUCUCACACUUGUCACACCAGCAAGAGAGCAAGAGAGCGCAGAAUGUGUUGGAGCUGGGAGUGGAUCUGCUCGCCAGUGGAAGUCCGUCCACGUGAGCAAUAAUGAGGCAGACGCAUCACAGUGCGUAGAACGAACGUGUCGCCGAGCUCCAGUGUAAUGAAUCUCUCGGCUUGACUGGUGCCAUUCUUCAUUGCAGAGCUCGGAGCUCAUUCGAGCGCAAUAAAUCCUCGUGGAUCGGUAGCGGACCCUGACUUUCGGGAGUGCCCUGCCCUGCCCUGACCAGCCCUGACGUAGCUUCCGGUAUUCCUUUCUCCCCCGACAUUGAGCUCGCCACUUCUCUUCUUCUUUGCUUGGGAGGCAGAUUCUUUCGGAGCGUGUCCACGUUGAUUCUCGAGGUCUGAGGAGCGAAGGGCAGCUUUGUGGAGAUGGCGGGGACAGCGGGAACAGGAGGAGGAGGAGGGUCGACGCUGCGCUGGUUGUAUCUUUCGGCUUACAAUGUGGUUUUGUUUUUCGGGUGGCUUCAGAUUCUAUGCCUAGCUAUCGAAGCUCUACGAAAGGACGGGCCCGCUUCAGUGUACGCUGCUGUCGAGAAGCCUUUGCAAAUUUGGCAGACUGCUGCCUGCUUUGAGAUAUUCAACAGUAUUGUCGGCAUUGUGAGAUCUCCAGUGUCAGCCACAUUACCACAAAUCUCCUCCCGUUUAUAUGUGACUUGGGGUAUUUUGUACAGCUUCCCGGAGACAAGGGAGCACUUUUUGGUGACGUCGUUGAUCCUCAGCUGGGGUGUCACUGAGGUUAUCCGUUACUUAUUCUUCGCACUGAAAGAAGCUUUUGGUGUAACGCCUCCAAUGCUACUCUGGAUCAGGUAUAGCACCUUCUUCAUUCUGUACCCAACGGGUAUCUUCAGUGAAGCAGGCCUGAUCUAUGUGGCUCUGCCAUUCAUGAAAGUUUCAGAUCUCUACUGCUUGCGCAUGCCAAAUGUUAUGAACUACGCAUUCGACUUCUAUUGCGCAGCUAUUCUCAUCCUUGGACUCUACGUACCAGGGGGUCCUUACAUGUACACAUACAUGAUCGGGCAAAGAAAGAAGGCUUUAGGAAAACAGAAAACUCAGUGAAGCCGCUGUUUUAGAUCAGGAGUUGGCUUUCAAACCUGUAACAGCAAAGUUACAUGCGAAUAGCAGAACGUUGCAGACUUAGAAUUUGUUCCCAGGAGAACAAAGAGGAAAUCAAAGAUGGAAAUUUCAGUUGUACGUUUUUCCCAUACCGUGGACAAUCAGUCCCAAGAGUCGAUCGAAUGCGUUUCCCAUUUAAUGGAUUCAUCACACCAGAUACCCAACCAAUGCAACUGACUCGAGAUUUGGCAGCUGUACAUUCAAGUUUAGUAGUUGAAGUGUUUGUACAAGUUUGAAUCCAGGCAGAAAGCUCUGCGAA